AUGUCUCAGAAUGUCUACCUGACCAGUCUAUGUAUCCAACACUCAUGUGAGCACUCUUCUCUACUGAAGUUACCUGCCUGUCUGUCUGUCUGCCUGUCUGUCUGUCUGCAUGUCUGUCUACUUGUCUGCCUGUCUGUCUGCUUGUCUGUCUGCCUGUCUACUUGUCUGUCUACUUGUCUGCCUGUCUGUCUACUUGUCUGUCUGCCUGUCUGUCUGCCUGUCUGUCUACUUGUCUGCCUGUCUGUCUGUCUGCCUGUCUGUCUGUCUGCAUGUCUGUCUACUUGUUUGCCUGUCUGUCUGUCUGUCUGUCUACUUGUCUGCCUGUCUGUCUGUCUGUCUGUCUGUCUGUCUGUCUGUCUGUCUACUUGUCUGCCUGUCUGUCUGUCUGUCUGUCUACUUGUCUGUCUGCAUGUCUACUUGUCUGUCUGCCUGUCUGUCUGUCUACUUGUCUGCCUGUUUGUCUGUCUGUCUGUCUACUUGUCUGUCUGCAUGUCUACUUGUCUGUCUGCCUGUCUACUUGUCUGUCUGCUCGCCUGUCUGCCUGUCUACUUGUCUGCCUGUCUGUCUGCUUGUCUCUGUCUCUCUACUUGUCUGUCUGUCUGUCUCUCUACUUGUCUGUCUACUUGUCUGUCUGUCUGUCUGUCUACUUGUCUGUCUGCUCGCCUGUCUGCCUGUCUGUCUGUUUGUCUGUCUGUCUGUCUGUCUGUCUACUUGUCUGUCUGCUCGCCUGUCUGCCUGUCUGUCUGUUUGUCUGUCUGUAUCCCUGUCUGUCUGUCUGUCUGUCUGUCUCCACUGUAUGUCUGUAUGUCUGCCUGUACUCCUGUACUCCUUGUCUGCAUUCCUGCCUGUCUGUCUGCCUGCCUACCUGUCUGUCUGUCUGUCUGUCUGUCUGUCUGCACUCUUGUUUGUCAGCCUGCCUGCCUUUCUGUCUGCCUGCUUGUUUCAUACGGCACCUUUAUAUCCACCUGUCUGCCUGUCUGUCUGUCUGUCUGUCUGUCUGUCUGUCUGUCUGUCUGCCUUCCUGUCUGUCUGUCUGUCUGUCUGUCUGUCUGUCUGCCUGCCUGCCUUCCUGUCUGUCUGUCUGUUUGUCUUUCUGUCUGUCUGCCUGCCUGCCUUCCUGUCCGUCUUUGUGUCUGCCUGCCUGCCUGCCUGCCUGUCUGCCUGCCUGUCUGCAUGUAUGUCUGUCUGCUGCCUGCCUGUCUACCUGUCUGUCUGCCAGCCUGCCUGCCUAUCUAUCUGUCUGUCUGUCCAUCUGUCUCUCUGCCAGCCCAUCUGCCUUCCUAUCAGCUUGUCUGUCUGUCUGCUUGUUUGUCUACAUGUCUACCUGUCUGCUUUCCUGCCUGUCUGUCCAUGUGUCUGUCUAUCUGUCUGUGUGCCUGCCCAUCUGGCUAGCUAUCUGCUUGUCUGUCUGUCUGCUUGUCUGUCUGCCUGACUGCUUCCCUAUCUGUCUUUCUGUCUGUCUGCCUGUCUGUUUGCUUGCCUGUCUUUCAGUCUGUCUGUCUGUCUGUCUGCCUGAUUGUCUGUCUGUCUGUCUGCCUGUCUGCUUGUCUGUCUGUCUGUCUGUCUGUCUGUCUGUCUGUCUGUCUGUCUGUCUGUCUGCCCAUCUACAUACCUGUGUGUCUGUCUGUCUGUCUGUCUGUCUGUCUGUCUGUGUCCCUGUCGGUCUGUCUGUCUGUUUGUCUGUCUAACUGUCUGCUUGUCUGUCUGUCUUGCCGUAACGCAAUCAUGUUUGUGUCAUAA